AUUCACAUGCAAUUGCUACAGCAGCAAGCAUGAUAGCUGAUUUUAAUACAAUUGAUAUUUAUAAUGAUGAUAUUGAAAAUGAUUUAAAAAAUACACAGCUCAAGUUAGCUUUUUUAUUAUUGGAUGCAAGUUCUUUAAAUAAUCAUAAUUUAGAAAUACAUGAAAAAUUUUAUAUAGAUAUUACUGAAGCAGAAGCUCUAGAUGUUCUUUAUCUAAUUAAUUUACAAAAAAAUCACAAAUGUUAUAGUAACCAAAAUAUGAA